AUGUCAAACACGCGCAUUCAGAUCGACCCUGAGGGCGACACUCUCAUAAUUCUCCCAGUCGAGCCUGCUUCUACUCCAUCUGAGACCACAGACUCCCCCACCGAGAACCACUACCUCUGCUCCAAGAAGCAUCUAACCCUUGCCUGUCGCCGGGCAGCAAAACUCUUCUCAAGCCAAUUCAAAGAGGCCUCAGCCGAGCCAGACGGCCUGUACCACUGGAAAUUCGAGGGGAUCUUCAACGCCGAAGCGUUCGAGCUCGUUCUGAAGAUCAUCCAUGGAAAAACACGUGAUGUCCCCCGCAGUGUCAAGCUGGAUCUAUUAGCCGACAUCGCGACGAUCGUCGAUGAUCUGGAGUGCUACGAGGCUGUGGCGUUUUUCAGCACAAACUGGCUCUUUGGAUGGACUGUUGAAUGUCCCAGCACUGAACAGUUGAGGGACAAGCGAUUGGCCCAGGUGAUCCUGGCAUCCUUUGUCUUUGAGCACGCAUCGCUUUUUCAGACCUACACAAAAAUGGCCAUAAGACACAAUAUCGACGUCACGUCGACUUAUGAUCUGCCUAUCCGGGCAGAUGUUUCUGAUAAAAUUGAAAGCACCAGAAUCGAGAUUUUGCAGCGUCUUUUGGAUGGGUUAGAAAACCUCCAGACCAAGAUCCUCGCAGAUAAGGUGGGCUGCAAUGAAGCAUGUCGAGCCAUGCUUCUGGGGAGUUUGUUGCAAGGAAUGAAGAAGUCGCGGAUAUACCCCUGCCCGCCGGCACCAUUCCCUAACCUAUCUCUCGACGCUGUGCUCGCAUCGUUGGCCAACGUGCAGUCGCCAGCCUAUUUCGGACCGCAAAGCCAAGGGCCACUCCUCAAUUACUCCGGCAGAUGGAACCUUGAUCCCACAUCUGCGAGCGUCGUGUCUGGGGGUCUUCUGGGAUAUCAAUCUGGUCUUGUUCAGGGACAGCCAAAGCCUGCACCAGCUGGGGCCAAUACUUUCUCUGCAUCAACACCUCAGCAGACUGCCGGCGCUAGUGGUACCGCUCAGCCUUCCGGUGGUCUAUUUGGUAAUAGAAAUGCUCCUCAAACCUCCAACGCUCGACCCCCGUUCAACUUUGGGCGUCCCUCUUCUGGUGAUGUCCCUGGUACAUCUUCUGUGUCUCAGAACACCAGCAGUCCUCAGGUAUCUUCUCAAUCGGGAACUAAUGGUUUAUUUGGUAACAGUGGUCCUAAUACUAAGAUCACUCCCUUGACGGCAGAGAGCCCCGACCAGCCUCAAACUAUUGUUAGGCAUCACUGCCGUUUGAAGGACCUUAUUGAACCCCUGUUGGUGGCAGCUGAAAAGGAAAUCACAGGACUGAAACUUGCAGACUUCCCUCGGCCUUAG